AUGUUAAUUAAUAGUAAAAAUUCAAUGAAAUCUAUAAGGAUACACCAAAUUCAACAUGAACGAAGUAAAAGUGUCCAAGGGCCUCUAAAAAUUCUCCAAAUAAAUUAUUCAAGAGCUUAUUCGCCUGGAAGCAAUUCUGUUGUAUCUCAUCGCUCUUUAAGAGUUAAUACUUGUAAGUUUGCAGCAAAAAUUCCAAGGAGAUCUGAAUCAAAGCGUGAUUUAGAAAUUAAAGUAAUGCUGCCUGAAGUAAAUAUGCAGAAUAUUUCGCCUAAGCGAACACCUAAAACAGCAGAAGAAACACAAGAGGAUUUGCAUGCUUUUAAAGAAAAUAGAGAAAAAAGAAUGCGGAUCUCAAUUCCCCUUGAAAUGAAGAAACUUGACUUUGAUUUAUUUUCUCCUAUUGAGAGGUCAACUUCAAGCUCAUGGAUGCCAGGGAAAAAACUGAAGGCAGGGAAGUCACAUAUGAGAUCGAAAUCAACUGUAAAAUGCCGGUAUGAAGUAAAAAAUAUACACUUAUUUGAUAGAAUUAGCAACUCACCUAACUCGUUUUAUCAAAAAUGAUUUAAAUUCUGGAAAAUUUUUGAUUAAUUUUUUAUUUUUAUUUAUUAAGAAGCAUUUUUGAUGAAUUCAAUCGAUAGAACAAUUAAAAAUAUAUCAAUAGAGUAAGAAGAAAUUUCUUAAGCGAAACAAAAGCUUUGCUCAAUAUAUAAACGAGCUCCGUCAAGAUUCAAAAUCCUCAGCCCACCUGCCUAUCAACCCUGAAUCCUCUUUUCAACAAUAUCCAAAAUCUAGCAAAACCAAUGAUGAUGCAAAUAGAACAAUUUCUUCAAGCUCAAGCCAAAGGUCAUUUCUACGGCACUUCAGAUCAAAAUAG